AUGAACUCGCUUCCGCCUGAGCUUAUCGAGCUCGUGUGUUGCCAGCUUACCCCGCGCCAGCGGCUCCAUUUGGCGAUGGCGUGUGGUCAUUUCCACGCGUGGAGCCAUGUCUACGCCGUGGUGGUGCUGCUGCCGCUUGUCGUAUGUUGUUCGCCGGUGGCUCUGAAGCGUGAGCUAAGUUUUGAUGAACUUAGUCGGUUCUUUGAGCAUUUCUCGCAGGUCCACGUUGACGUCAAUCUCCGCCAGUGUUGUCGUGGCCGUGAGUGUAUAUUUGGUCACAUGGUGACCUCGGAGGCCGAGGAAAUCUCGUUAUUGCUUCAACAGUACCAGUCGCGGAUCCUGGGGAUCAGCUGCGAUUUCAUCCACGAAUUCACUCUGUGGUCCACCCCAGGUUUAAUUAAAAACGCACGGUUCUACGAUGCUCCGUUGGACCACUUACAACACCUCCAGCACUCGUUACUUAGCCUUGAGUUGGUGGGGUAUUCGCACGCCUUCUUCAACUUGGCAUCGUUAACCAAACUUAAGCGUCUCCGCGUCCAUUCUCCAAGCGCUGAAUAUUACGAUGCUACCUGUACUUUAGUGCUUCCUACCCAGCUUGAAUGUCUCGAGUUGGACCGCGCUAAGGCGGCGGUGUGGACGGGUAAGUUGCCCCACUUGAAAAAGGUGCGUAUGUUCAAGCUGGAAGUAAGAUGGGAUCCUGACCAGUUGACCGAGCUCGAGUCUAUUGUGUGUAUUGAGCCUGCUGCCGACUCCUUAGACGCAGUGCUUGCUAAAGCGCCUAAUUUGAAAUCAUUGGAAUUAGUGGGGCUCAAACAAUUAUCUUACAUUCCCCCUUCCACCACCAGAUUAAUCGUGCGUGAUGUUCCCGAACGGGUCAUCGAAGUGGUCGAGUUCCCUCCCUGUCUUACUGAGCUCGAGCUUGACGUUGACACCCGUCUGGUGCUUGAUUUGGCGGUAUUGGGACCCCAGCUUAGACGGGUGGAUAUUUUCCAAGGAGGCUACGUGAAUAUCCCCCACGGGGUCACCCAAUUGACAUUGAACCACGCCCUCUCAAUCGACCCAUUUACUGGUCUUGAACGCCUUCAACUUGUGGGAGACUACCACCAAGGGUCGGUUGACUUCUCUUACAUCCCGCACCUUAAACGAGUUGAAGUGGUCAAAACUCAAUUGACUUCAAUUGCCGGCUGGUCCGAAGGUCUCGAGUCCCUUGAAGUUCGUGGCAAUGACGCUCUCUUACGGAUGGCCAGCUUACAGCACUGUUUAGCAUUGCGUGACGUGGACAUCACCGCCAACGCUACUCUCACCCGGGUGGCGGUAGAUGCCCCCCACGUCCUCACGGCUAAGAUAUCCGAUAUCGAUCGGGUGGAGCUCCCGUGCUCACUCGUCUCGGUGGACAUCGACUGGGACACCGUGACCUAUCUCACCAGCCUCGCUCCCUACGACCAGCCGACGCCAACCCCCUCGCUCCCACCGCUUAUCGCCCACCUUCGCAUCACUCUGAAGGCCCUUCUGCAUUAUACCAAUUUACCCCUCGAUCUCAAACAUCUCGAGAUCAUCGGCAACCUGGGGGAAAUCACCAUCCCACAACUCCCUCGUGGUCUCAAACGCCUUCGCGUGGGUGCCAUUGACACUCACAUCCCCGCUCACUUUAAUAAUCUUGUUCGAGGUCGGCUUGUGAAUGAUCUAUCCACUCUAUUCGCCCACUCUGAUGAUCUCCAGUUGGUGGAAAUCAUCGGCGUGGAACUCGCAUGCAAAUUGGCAGUUCGCUUGCCGGCUACGGUGCAAGUGGUCAACUUAAACCUGUGCUGUGUCGACGAGCUCCAGCUAGUCCACGACCACACUUUACGCCGUCUUCUGCUUGUGGGCACUCACCGUCACGACGGCAAGUUUGUCGACUGGACGUGGUCAUCAGUAGGCUCUGUCAAGUACAUCGACGCGCUGGCGCUUCCUAAAGAGUGUCUUCCUUCCAAUCGGUUCCCGGGAGUGCCUCUGCGCCACGACCCGUGGUGGAAUCCUGAUUGGUGGCAUUCAGUAAUGAGUAACGCCCCUACAGAAGUGCAUGAAGUCCGCCACGAACAGUUCUGGUACGAACCGGGCCGGGGGACGGUGCAGGCGUACUGUGCGUGGACACGUGACGGCCCGCUGGCGCUGUGUUUAUUGUGGAACCACGAGCUCGAACCUCACUCAAAAUAA